GUUGGUAUCAAAGCGAAACUUCAGGAACAGUUAUCGUGGAGUCGAGGGCGAGGGUCUCCCGUUGUAAACAUUUGGAGAAGUUGUUUUUAUUCGAAAAUAGCUCUCUCAUUGAGAAUGGGAAAUUCAAUCAAACCUCAUAUUCAAAAUGCCGGGAAAACUGGCGUCUGCCAGUUGUCGAACAGCAAUCUCAGAGAGUUCCCGAAGGAGCUUUUUCUAAUUUCUGGUGUACUGCGUACACUAGAUAUUUCCGAGAACAAGAUCAGCGUUGUGCCGACAACGAUAUGCAAGUUUGAGCAGAUGAAACAUCUGACAAUGAACAACAACAGAAUCUCGUCUCUGCCAGACUCUAUGUGCAAGCUUACGAAAUUGGAAUCGGUGCAGUGCAGCGGCAAUCAGCUGACCAGACUUCCCGAUUCAUUUUCACAACUAACAAACCUCCGUACCCUUGUGCUUAGCGGCAAUCGGUUAUCAGUUUUUCCGAGAUGGUUGUCUUCACUGAAACAUCUGGACGUAGUCGACUUAUCCCGAAACCGGAUAGCAGAAGUACCGGAUUCGGUGGGAGAGCUCACAGCGACAGAACUUAACUUGAACCAGAACCAGAUCUCGCUUAUGUCUGAGAACAUCGCCAACUGCCCACGGUUAAAAGUGCUUCGUCUAGAAGAGAAUUGCCUGCAAUUAAAUUCCAUUCCGACUCGACUGCUGGCGGACUCCCAUGUCUCACUCCUAGCCGUCGAAGGAAAUCUGUUCGAGUUGAAGGACAUGCAGGACAAAGAAGGAUACGAAGCAUACAUGGAAAGGUACACGGCUACGAAGAAAAAGAUGUUCUGAGCCGGUUGGACACGUUUCCCAUUCUACGUCAUUUGCGACUGGUCUACCCACUCCCCUGCGGACCGACCUUCUCUUCCCAGCGCCGAAGUCAUCCGUUGCACGGUUGAACGCUCCUAAGAAAUAAAUUUGGGAGAGCCUCGUUUCUCCCCCGGCGGAUGAGAGCACAGUCACAUAGUGUAACGCCACUGCUUCUGCAUUACACAGCCUUCUGAAAAAAAAAAAAAAAUCUAGAACGUGCACUACUUACCUUCUCGAGUCGUGCCACAGUGUUUUUACAGUUGGAGAUUAUGUACAGUAUAUUUAUACAGAUGUAUGCGUAUUUUUUCGCCAGUCAGGAAGUUUGCGCCGAAUGCGAGAAAUUGUGACGCUAGCACCACCGCUGGUGAUGCUUUAUUACGCCCUUUCUCAGUGUUGUAGUCAGGUGUUUGGUGAGAAUAAACUUUUAAAGUGACUGUUUCUUAA